AUGAUUCCACAAAUUCUCGCUUUGCUUCUCGUAUGUACAGCAAUUCAAGCUAAGCCUAAGCCAGAAGACAAACCAGAUGGAACCCCAAUGCCUCCGCCUGGCGGCCCAAAACCACUCGGUGGACCAAUGAACAGUGGCCCAGGAGGAGUUCCACCUAUAGGUUCUCAAAACCCUGGACUUCCGCCAAUGGGAUCCCCGCCACCGGGUGCACCAGGAGCACCA